AUGAUUUUCCGUGUUUGGAUUCCGCUAUGGCUUAUUUCGUUGCUAUCUGUAUUCAUAUGGACGGUACGGGCACAGAACAUAGUACCGGACCAAUUCCAAGGAGGAACCGGCAACGGGAAUGGCAAUAGUAACAGCAACAGCAACGACACAACUGUUCCGCCUCCGCAACAGAGCACGGCAGAUACCUCAACGUUCGAUUCUAUAUUCAAUACACCCACCACGACAAGAGACACAACAACACCGACAACAUCAUCGUUCCCCCGGAUCGUCGUUCCGAGUUCACAAGAGUAUACAUAUUCUUCCUUCUCUCCCGAACCUUUUACCUCGAGUACGUUCCCUACUACAACUUCGAGCUCGAGUGUGUACAUCGCACCCUCAGUAGCUCCACUGACAUCAUCCUCGAUUCCCACGUUCUCUUCAACCCCCGUGGGCGUGCAGAGCAGUUCCUCGCAGAUAAUUGAAUCUUCCAGCAUGUCACCAUCGAGCGUUUACAUCCCGCCCUCGUCGCAAUCGACGCCAAUUUCUACUCAAUCCUCCGUUGCCACAUCGAGUUUUGCAUCGACGGCCCCCGUCUCGUCAAUUUCAGCGGUGGCGUCUUCCCUUUCAACCACCAGAGUGUCAAGUUCAAGCUCAUUUGUGCCAUCGACUACCCUCUCAUCGAUUCGGAUCUCGUCGCUGUCUUCCUCGAGGUCUCGUCAACCUUCUUCCAUCAGCUCUUCGACGCGCAGAACAUCGACUGUCGUCUCAUCGACAACCCACAGCAGUGUCUCAUCUUCGUCUUCCAUAAGCACGAGGUCGUCCAGUUCGUCCAGGUCGUCGAGUAUUCUAUUUUCGACGACAACCAGCGAUACCGACAUGACCAUCACCAGUGUGAUCCAGGGCAAAACGAUCUUAUCCGACAUGUACACCACAGUGACACUGUCUGCUUCCGCCACGGCUACUGGGGAGAAGAAAAGUACUCACCGGGGUGGCCUCUCCAAGAAGAACAGAAACAUCGUACUAGGUUGCUGUCUUGGGAUAGGUAUCCCCUUCCUCAUCAUAGUGCUCAUAUUGUUGUACCAUUUCUGCAUAUCCCCACGAAGAGAGAGCUUUAUCGACUCCGAUGGUCAAGUCAUCACGUCCUACAGAAGAAACCCGUUUGUACGGUUGUGGUACGAUAUUAUUGGGAAGCAGUCUCACGACGAAGAUGGCGUGCUGGCACAGUCGCCUAUCGCUGACGACAAUGACGAAGCGUUCAUUCCCGGAAUGGAUGAAGGGUACGACAUGUCGUAUGCAGACUACGACGGGUUGGCUAACCAUCGCGGUAACUCAAUGAGGGAAGACGCUUUGAGAAACUCUGAUCCCACAGCGGGGACAAGCGGGAACGGCUAUUUCGCGGAGAAAAUAGACUCACCGACAAGGACAACGGCAGAUACGAGCACUGAUAUCAAUGCCAAUUCCUACACCAGUUCUUCUGAAAGUUUUGACCACGCGCCAAGGAACUUCAACAUUACAAAUUAUUAA